UAAAGGAGGAACAGGAGGAACUCUGGACCACCGUGGAGGGAGAGCAGCUCAGUGUGAAGGAGGAGACUGAUGCUACAGAGUUAUCAUUCACUGCAGUUACUGUGAAGAGUGAGGAUGAUGAAGAGAAGCCUCUGUUCUUUCAGCUUCAUCAGCAACAAAUGGACAACAGAGAUGAUCCAACCAGCAGCUCAGCUGAGCAGAUGAAAGUAGAAGCUGAUGGAGAGGACUGUGGAGGAGCAGAAACCAGCAGUAACCCAGAUUUGAAUCCUCAUGAAGAUGCUUCCAGCUVUUCAGAGACUGAAGUCAGUGAGAAUGAUGAUGAAGAGAAGGAGGAUGGGAACAAUCUUGGUACUCAGCUGGAACACUUGUCAGACUCUGGAUCAGAAACUGAAGACUGCGAGAAAGACUGGGAUGAGAGCAGUGCUCCUGAGUCAGGGUUAAACUGUGUCAACAACAGAUUCUGCUGCUCUGAGUGUGGUAAACAAUUUCUCCACAAGCGCUCCCUUCAGAGACACAUGACAAGUCAUUCAACAGUAAGACGGUCAAACUGUUUGAGUCAUAAGAAAAGUGUCAGAGAAAAAAAACAUGCAGAGCCACGUGGAGAAGUCCAGACAAAACCCAAAUCAUUAAAUUGUGAAGAAUGUGGUAAAAUAUUUACCAAAAAAUCUAAAUUAAACCGUCACAUGAGAGUCCACACAGGAGAGAAACCAUUUGUAUGUGAGGACUGUGGCCAUAGAUUUUCACAGAAGGGUAAUUUAAACGCACACAUGAGAGUCCACGCAGGACAACAACCAUUUGUGUGUGAGGACUGUGGACAUAGAUUUAGCUAUAAAUCUUGUUUAAACAAACACAUGAGAGUCCACACAGGACAGAAACCAUUUGCAUGUGAGGACUGUGGACGAAGAUUUAGCCGUAAGGGUAAUUUAAAAACACACAUGAGAGUCCACACAGGACAGAAACCGUUUGUAUGUGAGUACUGUGGACAAAGAUUUAGCUUGAAGGCUAAUUUAAAUAGACACAUGACAGUCAACACAGGACAGAAACCAAUUGAAUGUGUGGACUGUGGCCAAAGACAAGUUAAAACAGACACAUGAGAGGCCACACAGGACAGAAACCGUUUGUUUGUGAAAUCUGUGGACAAAGAUUUAUU